AUGAUCUUCACACCAGAGCAGGUGGUGUGUGUGUGCGAGGUCCUUCUGCAGAGCGGUUGCAUGGAUCGCCUCGCCGGCUUCCUCCGCACUCUUCCUCCUCUGUCCCUCUCCUCCUCCUCCUCCUGCUCCUCUCCUUGCCCUGGGGAGCAGGAGAGUGUGCUGAAGGCUAAAGCCGCAGUGGCCUUUCACCAGGGCCACUUCACUGAGCUCUACACGCUGCUGAAGGGCUUCCCCUUCUCCCCCCGCAGCCACCCGCUCCUGCAGCAGCUCUGGCUCAGAGCCCACUACAUGGAGGCCGAGAGGCAGAGGGGCCGACCCCUGGGAGCUGUGGGGAAGUAUCGAGUGAGGAGGAAGUUUCCUCUUCCACACACCAUCUGGGACGGAGAGGAGACCAGCUACUGCUUCAAGGAAAAAUCCCGGAGGAUACUCCGCGAGUGGUACAGCCACAAUCCUUAUCCCUCCACACGGGAGAAGCAGGCACUAGCGGGGGCCACAGGCCUCACAACCACGCAGGUCAGCAACUGGUUCAAGAACCGCAGGCAGAGGGACCGGACCACCAACGUUAACGGAUUCCUAAUAUCAAGCUCUGGAGGAACCUCAGCAGAAGUCUAUCCUUCCUCUGACAACGACUUUUCACCUCCAGGAAGUCCAAAUCCGCUGGACCACUGCCCUCCACCCCUCUCUCAUCCACCACGUCCUCCACUUCACAUGUGUAGAGGCCUCAAUUGA